AUGGCGUUGCAGGACCUCUUGGAACUGGGUCAUGAACAUGGGAAGUAUCUUCGAGAUUUGCUCAAGUUUGGCUAUGGCGGAAUGGGAGCCGAACGGUUCCUCGAUAAUCAGUGGCUAUACGGGCUGGCACAGUCAACUCUCAUGAGCAAAGACUUCGCUUGA